UUGCCUGACCUGCUGAGUUUCUCCAGUAAUUUCUAUUUGCUUCUGAAAGAGGAAACCGUCGGUUCUCCAACAUACAAUUAACCACCAGAGGGACCCAGCACAGACUUCGACGGAGCCGCUGAUGAAAUCACGCAUUGCCCGCGAGGCAACGUCAUGACGUUGAGACGGACCGUAUCUGGGUUAAAGAUGGCGGCGGGCUGGAGGACUUUGCGAGGAACUGGUUAUCGGUUGUUGCUUGGGGCGGCGAGGAGGCAACUGUGUGUCCUGGAUUUUCCCAAACGCUACUUAAAUUUCAAAUUGGAUGAGAAGACCGCUCACAGUUGCUUAGACCUUUUCAAAAAAGAGACUGGAGUUAUCUACCGUAUGAUUGGCAUUGACCCAAGUAAAGUGCCAAAAAACCCUGAGCGCUUCAGAGAGUGGGCUGUGGUCUUGGCUGAUGUGACUCUUUCAACUGGGAGACAUUACUGGGAAGUAACAGUGAAACGAUCUCAAGAGUUCCGAAUUGGGGUGGCAGAGGCAAACAUGUCACGAGAAGAAUGUAUUGGUGCCAAUGAUUGCUCCUGGGUUUAUGCCUAUCUCCAGAGGAAGUGGUACUCCAUGUCUUCCAGUGAGAUGGUACCGGUUGACUUCUUUGGAAAGCCUGAUCGAGUGGGCUUUCUUCUGGACUGUGACGACAAGGAGCUUAGUUUAAUAGAUGUUGAGAAAGCGGCGGUUGUUAGCACAAUAACAGCUGAUUUCAAGAUGCCACUAGUUCCAGCCUUUGCGCUAUGGGAUGGAGAGCUCUUGACACAUUCAGGCAUGGCCAUUCUGCAAGGCAUCUGAAUUCCCUCCUGCCUUCCAGUGAAGGUGCUUUCUAUCUGGACUUCAUUCUGUUCGCUGUGUAAUUUUUCAGGAAUUGGCUACAAUAAUUCAUCUUUUUGAACAAGAGUUAUCCUUUUGACCUCUUGAUGUACUGUCUAAAAAACUGUGUCCAUGUUUUAUCCAGCUAUGAGCAAUAUACAAAUGCUGCUAUUAUUGAGAUCCAUGUAAUUUCCUGAGGAUACACAUGUAACCUCUCUUUAGUGUGGAAGAGAAUUUUACAAAGAAAAACAGACUUUGGUCCUUGUUAACAAUGAGAGGACUUAAAUCUCUAUGGGCUGGUUCUGGUUCUGGCUUUGUGCAACUCUUUCCACAUUGGAUAAUUGCAUCACCAGCUCUUAAAAUGCCAAGAUGUAACUAAGGGGAUGUGCUCAAUUGAGGUGUAGAGGUCUGCAUUUUAAAAAAAAAAAAAGUCAAGACUGAAGAAGUAAAUGAUCAACAGUGUUGCAUGAAGUUAUAAUUAAGUAUUCUAUUCUAUCUGUAUUCUAAGAAUUUAAUAAAAUGUGAUUUUAAAAGCAUUGACUGUCAGCUUUACUGUAGUAAGAUACCCCAAGGCAUGUUACAGGGCCAUCAUCAAACAACCGUACACUGACCUGGGGAAUCUCAAUCCUCCACCAACCAGCCCCCAAGCUCAUAGUUCACCAACCCCUUACAACCCACUCUCCUUUCUGUUUGUAGACUUUGAGAUAGGUCUGCCUGGGCAGUCUAUUGUUUCUGCCUGUUCCUACCCCAAGGAACUUUAUUUCUUCCUACCUUUGUCUAGUCCCUUCUGACACUCAGUUUCAAAAUUUCCAAUUUGCAGGCUCUAGCCAUCUCCUCUUUACCAUGGAUUUACAAACCCUCGACAUAUCCAUCCCCCAUCAAAAUGGUCUUAGAGCUGUCUGUUUCUUCCUGGAAAGAAGGCUUGAACUGUCCCCACCCUCCUCCGCCUCGUCACGUUUGUCCCCAGUUUGAACAACUUCUUUAAUUCCUCUCACUUUCUUCAGGUUAAAGGGUUGGCCGUGGCUACUCGCAUGUGCCCCAGUUAUGCCUGUCUCUUUGUGGGAUAUGUGGAACAUUCCUGUUCCAGUCCUACUCUGACCCCACCCACAGCUCUUUUCUCCAGUAUGUUGAUGACCUCAGCAGUGAGGAUUCCCCCCUCAUCUCAGAGUCAUAGAGAUGUACAGCAUGGAAACAGACCCUUUGGUCCAACCCGUCCACACCGACCAGAUAUCCCAA